GCGGGGUGGGGGCUGUGUCUGCGGGAGAAGGAAGGGGUGGGAAUCUGAGGAGGAGGCUACCUUUUUAUUAUUAUUAUUUUCAAUUUUUUUUUUUUUUAACAUUAUUUUCGCCGUACGAGGAGGACGCUCAGAAUUCACCGGCCUGUCGGCUCCCGAGAGGGACCCGGGGAUUGUGCGCUCGCUUUUUUUCACCUUUUUUUUUUUUUUUUUUUUUCUUCCCCCGUUUGUUUCUCUGUUUUGUUUGUUCGCUUUGAUUCGUUGGUGCGUUUUCCUUUUUUAAUUUUUCUUUUUUUCCCUCCCCCCCCCCCCCCCCCCCCCCCGCCGAGCAGCAGCGGCAGCAGCAAUAUGGCUGGUGAUGGGGUUUUUGGGGGGCGCUGGCGGCGGGAGGAGCUCCGGGCAGCCCCUGCGCGCCCGGCUCGCUGUUAGCUAUGGCAAAUGGCAGCGGCGGCGGCGGCGGCGGCUCCUUCCCGGGCGGCGGCGGCGGCGGCGGCGUUAGAAUGAGUAACAAUAUCAACGCCAACAAUCUCAACACAGACUCGUCCUCCUCCCCCGUCAAUGUGCCCAAGAUGGAUGCGCUCAUCAUCCCGAUGACCAUGGAGGUGCCCUGCGAUAUCCGCGGACAGCGCAUGUGGUGGGCUUUCCUCGCCUCAUCCAUGGUCACUUUCUUUGGGGGACUCUUUAUCAUCCUGCUGUGGAGGACCCUCAAGUACCUGUGGACUGUCUGCUGCCACUGCGGGGUCAAAAACAAGGAGGCCCAGAAGAUCAAUGGUGGUGGAGAUACACAGGCAGAUGGGGCCUGCAAACCAACAGAUGAAAAAGAGGAGAAUGUGGCAGCAGAAGUGGGAUGGAUGACCUCCGUGAAGGAUUGGGCAGGAGUCAUGAUAUCUGCCCAGACAUUAACUGGCAGAGUACUUGUUGUCUUAGUCUUCGCUCUUAGUAUUGGUGCUCUUGUAAUAUACUUCAUAGAUUCGUCAAGCCCAAUAGAAUCCUGCCAGAAUUUCUACAAAGAUUUCACGUUACAGAUCGACAUGGCUUUCAAUGUGUUCUUCCUACUCUACUUCGGCUUGCGUUUCAUAGCAGCCAAUGACAAGCUAUGGUUUUGGCUAGAAGUUAACUCAGUAGUAGAUUUCUUCACGGUCCCUCCGGUGUUUGUGUCAGUAUAUUUAAACAGAAGUUGGCUUGGUUUAAGAUUUUUAAGAGCCCUUAGACUGAUACAGUUUUCAGAAAUUUUGCAGUUUCUGAAUAUUCUUAAAACAAGUAAUUCCAUCAAGCUAGUGAAUCUGUGCUCCAUAUUUAUCAGCACGUGGCUGACAGCAGCUGGGUUCAUACAUUUGGUGGAGAACUCAGGGGAUCCAUGGGAAAAUUUCCAAAAUAAUCAACCGCUAACAUAUUGGGAAUGUGUUUAUUUACUGAUGGUUACAAUGUCCACUGUUGGCUAUGGAGAUGUUUAUGCAAAAACAACCCUUGGUCGCCUUUUCAUGGUCUUCUUCAUCCUUGGGGGAUUGGCCAUGUUUGCCAGCUACGUCCCUGAAAUCAUAGAGUUAAUAGGAAACCGCAAGAAAUAUGGUGGUUCCUAUAGUGCGGUUAGUGGAAGAAAGCACAUAGUUGUCUGUGGUCACAUAACACUUGAAAGUGUGUCCAACUUCCUGAAGGACUUCCUGCACAAGGAUAGGGAUGAUGUCAACGUAGAAAUCGUCUUUCUGCAUAAUAUCUCCCCUAACCUUGAGCUGGAAGCUCUUUUUAAACGACACUUCACUCAGGUGGAAUUUUAUCAGGGUUCAGUCCUUAAUCCCCACGACCUGGCGAGAGUGAAGAUAGAGUCAGCAGAUGCGUGCCUAAUCCUUGCCAAUAAAUACUGCGCUGACCCAGAUGCUGAAGAUGCCUCCAAUAUUAUGAGAGUUAUUUCAAUAAAGAAUUAUCAUCCGAAGAUAAGAAUUAUCACUCAGAUGUUGCAGUAUCACAAUAAGGCUCAUCUGCUAAAUAUCCCAAGCUGGAACUGGAAAGAAGGGGAUGAUGCAAUCUGUCUUGCUGAGCUCAAGCUGGGUUUCAUAGCCCAGAGCUGCCUGGCACCAGGCCUUUCAACAAUGUUAGCCAACCUCUUCUCCAUGAGGUCAUUCAUAAAGAUUGAGGAGGAUACGUGGCAGAAAUACUACCUGGAAGGAGUUGCAAAUGAAAUGUAUACAGAAUAUCUGUCCAGUGCCUUUGUGGGUUUGUCCUUCCCUGCAGUUUGUGAACUGGUGUUUGCGAAACUAAAGCUCUUAAUGAUAGCCAUAGAAUACAAGUCGGAAAAGCGAGAAAGCAGUAUAUUAAUCAAUCCUGGAAACCAUGUCAAGAUUCAAGAAGGUACUUUAGGAUUCUUCAUUGCAAGUGAUGCCAAAGAAGUAAAAAGGGCAUUUUUUUACUGCAAGGCCUGUCAUGACGACAUCACGGAUCCCAAAAGGAUAAAAAAAUGUGGCUGCAAACGGCCCAAGAUGUCCAUCUACAAGAGAAUGAGACUGGCAUGUUGUUUUGAUUGCGGACGCUCUGAGCGUGACUGCUCUUGCAUGUCAGGCAGUGUACAUAGUAACAUGGACACCCUUGAGAGAGCCUUCCCACUUUCUUCUGUCUCUGUUAAUGAUUACUCCACCAGUUUACGUGCCUUUGAAGAUGAGCAGCCGUCGACACUAUCACCAAAAAAAAAGCAGCGAAACGGAGGCAUGCGAAAUUCACCCAACUCCUCACCCAAACUGAUGAGGCAUGACCCCUUGUUAAUUCCUGGCAAUGAGCAGAUUGACAAUAUGGAUGCCAAUGUGAAAAAAUAUGAUUCUACUGGGAUGUUUCAUUGGUGUCCAGCCAAGGACAUCGAAAAGGUCAUUUUGACUCGAAGUGAAGCAGCGAUGACAGUUUUAAGUGGGCAUGUAGUCGUUUGCAUAUUUGGGGAUGUUAAAUCUGCUUUGAUUGGAUUAAGAAAUUUAGUGAUGCCAUUACGAGCCAGCAACUUUCACUACCAUGAACUCAAGCACAUUGUGUUUGUGGGUUCACUUGAAUACCUGAGAAGGGAAUGGGAGACACUGCAUAACUUCCCCAAGGUUUCAAUCUUGCCUGGUACGCCAUUAAGUCGGGCUGAUUUAAGGGCUGUCAACAUCAACCUCUGCGACAUGUGCGUUAUCCUGUCAGCCAAUCAGAAUAAUAUUGAUGAUGCUUCGCUGCAGGACAAGGAAUGCAUCUUGGCGUCACUCAACAUCAAAUCUAUGCAGUUUGAUGACAGCAUCGGGGUCUUGCAGGCUAAUUCCCAAGGCUUUACCCCCCCCGGGAUGGAUAGGUCAUCUCCAGACAACAGCCCGGUCCAUGGCCUGUUACGUCAGCCCUCCAUUACAACAGGAGCCAACAUCCCUAUUAUAACAGAGCUAGUAAAUGAUUCAAAUGUUCAGUUCUUGGACCAAGAUGAUGAUGAUGAUCCAGACACAGAACUGUAUCUCACGCAGCCCUUUGCAUGUGGAACCGCGUUUGCUGUCAGUGUGCUGGACUCGCUCAUGAGCGCAACAUACUUCAAUGACAAUAUCCUCACACUGAUACGGACAUUGGUAACAGGAGGAGCCACACCAGAGCUGGAAGCACUGAUUGCGGAGGAAAAUGCGUUGAGAGGAGGUUACAGCACGCCCCAGACACUUGCAAACAGGGACAGGUGUCGAGUUGCUCAGUUGGCUUUGUAUGAUGGGCCGUUUGCAGACCUAGGGGACGGAGGUUGUUAUGGAGAUCUGUUUUGUAAAGCACUGAAAACAUACAAUAUGCUUUGCUUUGGAAUUUAUCGAUUAAGGGAUGCACAUCUAAGUACUCCCAGCCAAUGCACUAAACGUUACGUUAUCACAAACCCACCGUAUGAGUUUGAGCUUGUGCCGACAGACUUGAUCUUCUGUUUGAUGCAAUUUGACCACAACGCUGGCCAGUCCCGGGCCAGCCUCUCUCAUUCCUCCCAUUCCUCCUAUUCUUCCAGCAAGAAGAGCUCCUCGGUUCACUCCAUCCCAUCAACGGCAAACCGACUGAACCGCAGCAAGACCAGGGAUUCUCGGGAAAAACAGAAAAAAGAAAUGGUUUACAGAUGAGCCGGAUAAUGCCUAUCCCAGAAACAUUCAAAUCAAGCCCAUGAGCACUCACAUGGCCAAUCAGAUCAAUCAAUAUAAAUCGACAAGCAGCUUGAUACCACCAAUCAGAGAAGUUGAAGAUGAAUGUUGACUCCUUCGAGGCCAGAACUAUUUUUUUAAAGCCUGACAAACUUCAUGAAUGGUGAUGUGACAUUUAUUCCUCUUACAUGCUGAACUACUGAUGGCGAAGUUAAGAAGGGCAAGCUUGAUGGGAAAAGAAAGUAGACAGAUCUUUGUUUGUCUGCCUUUAAUAUUGCUUCCACGUAUUUUGGAAACUAUUUCAUUUAUAAAUGAACAUAAUCAAAACUAGUCAUGUAUAGCCUCUAGCGUUUUAAAUUAUUUUUAUUUAUUAGAAAAAAAAAUCUAUUUUUCUUUUUUUUUUUCAUUGUCAAGUAUUUUUUCCCUUAAAAAUCUGCAUGUGUGGCCAGACUCCUAAGAAUUUAAAACAAAACAAACCUCAGUCUUUGGCUUUUAAAGGAGAAUGAUGGUCACAGUUAUAAGGACAUGUAAUUAAGGGAGACAAAUGAUAUAUUUACAAAAAGAAAAAAAAAAAAGGUCCAACUUGUAUUUUAGUAUAUCAAAAAAAGAAGAAAAAAAAAAAGAACAGUUCACCAAAAUGUUUCUUUACUGGAGGAUGUGUAUUUUGUUCAGCAUCGACACCAGCUCUUAAUAAACUGAACUUAUUUAUUUUCAAAGUUGAAAGUCAUAUUUUUGUACAUGUAACAUUCUUCUGGACUAUUCUUUGGUUUAUUACCAUACACAGGUCAUCAUAACUGCCAGUUAUGUUAAGGCCCAAUCCCCAACCUCCACCCCCCCACGCCCCCCCACGCCCCACCCCCCCCCGCGUCCCCACACCGAGGGCCGCGUCGGGGCAGCGCUCGUAGGCAGCACUUGCUAUAAAUGGCAAAGCCAGCAAUUCCACCCCGCUUCCCUUCUGCCACGAGCGGCCGCUAAGGCCAGGGCGCAAUUCCUCUUCUGGUGCCGUGCAUUACAGUGCUGUAACCCACGGCGCCUAAAUCGUGCAUGAAAUCAUGUUUUAAGCCUUCUCAUCUACCCUCUUCUGUUGGUUCCGUGCUGCCAUAGUGCUGAUGGCCUUGCAUCAGGCUUGCUUAUUGCCUUCUGACGCUGCCUGACAUGCACAGAGCUGUCGCGCCAGCCCUUUGCGCUUUGGUGGUAGCGCAUACCGCGGUAAAAGGCACCCUCCCCCCCACCCCGACUCCUUUUGGGGCGGUUGGAUCGGGAUGACAACUGGUUUAGCCUCAGCGCUAUAAUCUCAAACCAUGCUGGUCUCGGUUAAUGCCCAUACGUGCAGUUGCAUAGUUCCCAUUGGUGGGACACCGUACAUAAAAGUACAGUAAUAAUAAAAUCAAAAUAAAAGCAAUGAAUGUAUUUAUUAUGGCAACCUACAAAAGGCCUUUGCUAGGUGCCUUUUGUGUCAGCAGGUUCACAACAUUGCCAACGAGCUUUAUAGGUAUCAGCCAAAAAUGUGAUGUUUCAUACCUGUGCUGCAGUAUCUAGCCACCCAAGCGGUUGGUGGUCUGAGUUAGUAACUCUUGCUAGCUCAAAUUAGCAACAUCUGACACAAUUGUGUGGGAAAAAAAAAAAACCAAAAACCCAAAACAAACAAAGGCUGUGCUAAUAAGGAUUAAAAAUUAAAACAAACCCAUAGGACCCAGCCAUCAGGAAAGGCAGCGCUUCAGUGUGUGACUUAACGUUAGGCUUUGUAAUCUUGUGGAAUUGCAAACACCACACUAAACCGUACUGUGGUACUUCGAUCAUUAGCGAAAUCUCAGUGAAUCAGACGACUACAAAGCAGAGUAAUUUAUUGUGAAACCAAUGAUGUCCACUAUAUAAUCCAACAUUUAAGCUAAACUCUCGCAGCUUUAAUGUUUGUUCACUGGCUGCAGUACAAAUAUAACCGUACUAACACCUAAUAGGCUUUAUUCUGGAGUGACUUCUUGGGCUGUGACUACUUUGUCGUUACAUAUUGUAGAAUAGCUAUUUAAAGACAAUAACAAUAAUUGUUAAUACGGUAUCUGUAAAAUUGGCUUGCUUAAAAUAUUUCACUCUCCUACAAAGCAACAAAAUAAUUUAAGUAGUUUUUCCACUAUUGGUUAGGCCAUGUUCAAACCAUUUCACAGUCCUCAAAACAGAAGAUGACUCUGGUGAGUGCUUCCAAUCUACGCUGCUUCAGCUGGUGAUGCGUUAUAAUCUACAUCCAGUUUCUGCAUUGGGUCAUGUUAAUCCUUUACUUUGAAGUCAGUGCUCCUUUUUCAUUUAUGAACUGCAUUCAUAUUAUAACCCGAGCAAAAAAAGCUAGUCCUGAGUACAGGGAAAAAAAUUGAGGUUUGUGUUCAACUUCACCAAGUACCUGUGACUUUUGUCUUAGAAGGCCAGUAUUUAAUGUAAGGGCACAGAACACUCUACCUUGUAUUUUAUCAGUGCCAUUUCUGAGCAUCCUUCCUUCCUUCAGAAGUGAGCCGUCACUGGGGAAAACAUACUAAAAUGGCUCAAAUACAACACUCCUACAUAGCUGAGGGGUAUGUGUGUCUGUCCAGUUUAACUGUCACACCCAAAAAUAUCAUGCUGCCAACUGUACCUAAAUAAAGGCCAGUUAUUUGUGUAUUUUUUUGAGCAGAUAUAUGAGUCGGCGCACGCCCCUCCCAGCACAGCUAGGUGCCUAUGUAACGCCAGCCAGCCAGGACGCCACCCGGCGAGAGCAAGUGAGACAAAGGUCUAGGGACAGGUCUGCAUUUCCCAGUUAUAGAAAAGCUAGGGAUAAUCAAUAAUUUUUUCUUACGCCUCUUUUCGCUGAUCGAGGACGCAGGACUGACGCCUGGCAGUUAGGUGGCGGCUCGUGUCGAAAACUUGUUGCAGAGCUUUGCCAUUCGGCCAUUAAAGACUACAAUAAAGCCAGCCCCAAUAGUUGGUUAUAUGAAGUGGCUGAGAAAGUGGCCUGAGUGACAGCUGGCAGACCACAGGAUGAUGUGGCAAUUAGUUUUUGAUCUUUAUUAAUAAU